AUGAAAACAAAAAAACAACUUCAGAUUUAUAAACCGGAGAUUGUUACCUCUGAUGUUCACACUCGCUUCGGAAUUCUGGAGAGCAAAAUGGUCACUUUCAAUGGUAUUAUUGUCGUGAAUCCACUCACCGCCUUUUCGGAAUAUAACAAUUGGUGCCUUCGCCAGGAUCAGGAUGAAGGUUCCGUGGCCAGCAGCCUUCGAGGAUGGGGAUGUGCGGAUGUUCCUGGAGGAGUUCGAGGAUGUGGCGGAGCUGGCCGGAAUACGGACGGNNNGGACCCACUUUCGCAUGCCGUGGCCCUGCGUGGGCUAUUGGAUCGCGCACUACCGACAUUGGAUGAGAAUGCUCGCUCGGAACUUCUCCUUGACCGUUUCACGGGGAGCCUCCCGGAAGACAUACGUGAGAAAGCGAAACUCAUCAAUGUGGCACGUACCAUGGACGUAAUGGCCCUAGCCGAAGUUGUGAGGCAGUUCAUCGAUCAGGAAAUUGAGGCGGUGCGAACGCAGGAAGUUCAUAAGGAUGAGCCACCGGAAAACGUGAAGGCCACAGUCGACAGACUGACAGAUGAAGUGACGGCACUCAAAUCAAAUUUCGGACGGAAGAAAAACACAAAUGCAUGUUUU